UAGCAGAAUGAUAAGGCACAGUUUCGUUGUAACUCUUCCGAAAUGCAAGCUCUGUACGCACUACUUUUCCUCGUGGGCGUUUCGUACGUUCACGGUCAUGGAUUCAUGAUCAAUCCUAUGGCGCGCCAUGCAUUGUGGGCCUUGCCAGAAAACCAGCGGCCAGACAAUUGGUGGGAUCGUACGUUCUGGGACUCGCAGGGUGUAUGGUGUGGUGACGUUCCACAAGACAUCAAUUUCUCCAAUUGCGGACGAUGUGGUGAUCCACCAGGCCGACGUGACUUUGAAUUGAAUGCCGUUUAUGGGCAUCCAAUUAUCACAGGAACCUAUAGUGCUGGCCAGAACAUUCGAGUGGACCUUGAAUUCGGUGCAAUGCACUUUGGAUAUGUUGAAUUUGACUUGUGCCCACAAGAAGCCGAAAAUAAUAACUGCUUCCAGUCACUCAUUCUAACUGGUGGAUCUCACCGCCUCCGUAACAAUCGCCAGAUGUGCGUACCACUUGAUGGAACCGUCACACGUCGUGAGUUUGUCAAUGUUCAACUUCCAGCUGGAGUUCGUUGCACCCGAUGCACACUCCGAUGGACUUACAGAACAUCUUAUCCCGGACCAGCCAACUGGGAUCCAUGCUUCGACCAUCGCCAAUUGGCCCAAACAUUCAGAGGAUGUUCGAACAUCAGAAUCAACUAGACGACCUGAGGCUUCACAUUGACGCAGAACUUUGUUUAAAAAUUCAAGAAUUAAAUUCAAUUAUUGCAAAAAGAA